CUUUGUUUUCAUGAAGCUUAGGCCACAUAGAAAAUGCAUUAAAUAUUUUAACCCUCGUCUAUUCCCCCUGGAUCACAGCUGAUCUGUCUUUCCCCUCACACACACACACUCUCCUCCCUCUCACAUCUCUUGCAUGUUUCCCCAUGGAUUACAGAGGAGGACCACCUGCUCAUCCUCACCAAAUUCAUCCUUUACCUCUUCACCAGCCCUAUCACCCUCACCACUCUUCCUAUCCUAACCCCAACAUCCAUCAACCGUAUGAAUAUGCAGUAGUUCCACCCCCUCUGGGAUUAGCCCACAAUGGCCCCCAUUACUCAACUCCACCUCCACUGCCUUCUCAAUCCAUUGAUUACCCUCACUCUUCUUACUCUUUGAGGCCUUCGCAUAUCGAUCCUUAUGCUCCAAUGGCUCCAUCCACCAUGAAUCCUUACAACCCCCAUCCUGGCUUUCAAGGUCAGGCUUUAGUACCUGUAGCAAUGCCUCCAAAUGUGGAGUAUCAUGUUAAGGAGUUUGGCGUCGAUCCUUUGGCUUCUGGACCUGCUCUGAGACUUCCAAACGGGCCUGGCCCCAACCCUUUUGUAUGGAACGAGCCUAAUUAUGGCUUCUACAACAGAGAAUUCCCCAAGAAAAUUAAGAAAACAAAGGUGGUCCAAUCAGUUUGGUGUGCCAUUUGCAAGAUCGACUGUACCAGUAAAGAUGUGCUCAUUGAGCACGAAAAAGGAAGGAAACACCUAAAGAACCUCAAUAAACUAGUGGAAAUGGCCAAUGCCACAAACAAAGAGCGAAAGACAGACCCAGAAGAGGAACUGGAACCAGAAGUGGAGUCUAGAAAUGCGAAGAAGAGGAAGAGGAUGAAGGCAGCGGUUAAGGAGGCUCUUGAUACGAAGAAGAAGAAGAUUAUGGAGGGGGGAGCGGCAGCAGAUGAGGUGAUGGAGUGCAAGCUCUGUGGGACGGUGUGCAACAGCAAGACUGUGUACAUAUUUCACAUCCAAGGGAAGAGGCAUGCCAUGCAGGUCAAGAAGGCGGCUGAGAAAGGAAAGUGAUGGGGUUAGAGAUUGUUUUGCUUAUUGUGUGUUAAAAAGUAAAAGAAAAAGAUGUGAACCUCAUGUUCGAACUAAUGUUUCACAAAAACCCUUGUUGUCCACCUAAAGCCUAUAGACCCACUCUAGUUUAGAAAAAUGGGAUACGAAUCCCCUCCAUAUUUUGUCAUUUUUAUUUACAAAUAGUGUACUUCCUUUUUACAGAAGGAUAAAUUAGUCCAAAAAUGAAAUCAAGUUAUCCCA